AUGGCUGUCGGUGGGGUCGGGACCUCGCUCCUGCUGAUGGCCGGCAUCGUGGUAACGGUGGGGCUGUGCAGGAGAUUAACCCGCCGCCGGCUGCGCACCCGCCAGCGCCUUUGCACUUUCCUUUUGGAGAUGUUGAGCACCUUCCAGAUUUGCGCCUGCACUAACGAGCUCUCCCUGCUCGGCAAUGUGGAGCCAAAGCCGCACACCGGCCUCACGCUCACCUACGGUUUCACCGUCCUGCAUGGCUUGACUCUGACCGGCAGCACAUGCAACCCCUGUGGUACCUUGCAGCCGAUGUGGGGCGGUGGGACGUCGGUCAAGAUGGGUGGACUCAAGAUCGGCGCUCAGUUCGUGGCUGCGGUGCUUGCCAGGGUGUUCAUGUACUUUAUCUGGCGCCUGGAGAUGGCAGAGCCACAUUUUGGAGCGCUCUCACAAGGCUGCAGCAACCCCAUGCAGACUACAGAGGCACAGGCGUUCUGCAUAGAACUGCUCUUUUCCGUCGUUUUCCAGCUGACCGUCCUGCGAGUGGAAAGCAUUAAUCCCAAAUACAAAGUCCAUUUGAUCGCUCUUCUCAUCACCAUGCUCGUGUAUGCAGGUGGAAAUCUCACAGGAGCAAUAUUUAACCCAGCAUUGGCUUUUUCAUUACAUCCAAAUUGUUUCUAUGACAAAUUCUUGAGUUAUUCACUAGUGUAUUGGAUAGCACCAUGCUUAGGUACAAUACUUGUGGCUUUUAUAUGGGAUGAAAUCCUUCCUCGGAUAUCCUGAGACAUCGGAUUCUGAAAUCUAGCAGUACUACAUUAAAACUACUUUCAACAUCUGCAGACAUGAAGCUUUCAAAGAACUUCUGACA